AUGCGUCAGUCGGAGCUCAUCGGCGAGAUGUUCGGCAGCCGCAUGGCCGCCAUGGAUUUGGUGGAAUAUCGCGCAGGGGUCACACGAAAGGGAGAGGAGUUUAUCAAAGGUUUCUUUUGUGACGUCCUCGUCCUUUCGCCUGAGAGUUGGCGUCAUUUGGCACAGGGCGCGCAGACGCUCGUGCCUUUGGUGACCGCCGGAUUGGAGCAGUACGAGGGACCGAAAGGCAAGGGCUUUGGCUAUUCUGGAUUGCAAGAUGUCUUAAUGGUGCUGGUGCACGAGUCCUGCACAGCGGACGAAAACUUCCCAAAGACCGGGAACCUGUACCGGGCUGAAGAAGGAGAAGUGCUGGAUGCCGACGCUUGGGAUGUCUCCGCAGUGGAUGACGGGAAUGGGGAAGCACUGGAGGCAGCAUGUCACCUGAUGUCCGACCUGGAAAUGAUGCUGGAGCAGGUCUAUCAAGGAGCACACAAUGAAGAUGUGCCAGAUCGACAUAUUCAAAUGGUGCUGACACACCACCCCGAUGCUGGACCCAGAGUUGAGAGCCUUCUCAAAGAUUUCAACGAGGUGCGCUCCAGCUGGAGCUGGCUGGAGCUGGCUGGAGCUGGCUGGAGCUGGCUGGAGCUGGCUGCAUAA